UGAGAUUCUGCUGGGAAGGCUGACAGGCAGGCAGGACCAUGGAAGCCAUGGCAGGACCUGUGCUCUACCAGAAGCUGCAGGUCUGGGAAACAAGCUUGGAGUCAGAGGAGGAAGAGGAAGAGAUAUCAGAGUCCCUUGUCUCUGACCCCUGGGGACCUUCAGUUGCCUCUGGGAAUGAGGCCGGUGGUCUACCCGGGACCUGGGCCCGACUAGCCGCUGCCCUGCUGCUGUUAGCUCUCGGUUUCUUCCUGGCUGUGAGGCAGUUCCAAGCCACGGGCAGCUCUCCAGGAGCUGUGGGCUCUGUGGCCCCUCCACCCAGUGGGCACUCCCACCGUCCUGGCGUAUACCACCAUGGUGCCAUCAUCAGCCCCUCAGCCGCCUGUUCCCUCCUGGGCCAAGAACUGUUGGCAGCCGGCGGCAAUGUCGUGGAUGCCGGAGUUGGAGCAGCUUUGUGUCUGGCGGUGGUGCACCCCCACGCCACAGGGCUAGGUGCCAUGUUCUGGGGUCUCUUCCACAAUGGCUCCACAGGAGAUUCAAUUGCCCUGACGUCAGGCCCUGUUCAGGCGCUGGGUCCUGGCCUGGGACUGCCCGCGGCUCUGCCUGCCCUGCUCUUGCUGCACACACGUCUUGGCCGUCUGCCCUGGUCACACCUGCUGACUGGCCCUAGCAUGCUCGCACAAGGGGGCUUCCUGGUGGAGGCACCCCUGGCCGGGGCUCUGGCAGCCCGGGGCACCAAGGGCCUCUGUCCACUGCUCUGCCACACUGAUGGGACCCCCCUUGAGCCUGGGGCUCGAGCCACCAACCCCAAACUGGCAGCCGUGCUGCACAGAGCAGCACUCACUCCCCGCCCAGACACUGCUGGGGAGGAGCUACUGAGUCUGCUGACCAGAGACCUGAGGCUACAGGGACCCUCGGCCAGACCCACACCCACCCUGGCACUAGCACUACAGCUGCCUGUGCCCCGGGGCAUCCUGUUCACCACCCCUGGCCCCUCAGCUGGCCCAGAGCUCUUGACACUGCUAGAGACUGCCCUACACUCAGGAGGGUCUGGCCCUGUGCCCUGCUUGCCCCAAACUACUGUGCCCCCCGGGAGCAGUAUCCUGGCCACUGUGGACAGCAGCGGCUCUGUGCUCCUUCUCACCUCCUCACUUAACAGCUCCUUUGGCUCUGGAUACUUAUCGCCAAGCACUGGUAUUCUGCUCAGCGACCUGGUGGCCGAGUCUGCGACUAGUGCCUGGGCCUGUCCCGUCAUCCUUCGUGACAACUCAGAUGAUACAGAAGUCAACGUGUUAGGGAUGGUGGCCUCAGGAAGCCCUGAAGUAGCUGGAACAGUAGCUCAAGCCCUCUCCAGCCACCUGGCUGGGCCGCAAACCCAGACCCAACACCAGCACCAGCAGGGAGCAACAGAGAUGCCCAGUACUUGUGGCCAGGGGGCCCUGCUCCAGGUGGCAGCCCAUGCAGAGCAUGCCCACGUCUCCAGUGUCCCCAGAGACUGCUGCUCCUUUCAGGGCUUCUAGUGGAAGCUGAGAGGGGACCUAGCAGAAGCAGGGCAAAUUCUACAGCAAUGGAAUGUCAGAAAGCAGGUGUGAGAAUCACAGGCAUCCAGCCUCUGGUUUGGCCAGUUACUUGGAUAUCAGUUCUCACUCUUCUUUCAGCUAAGAAACCUGAGGAUGAGGAAGAAAGAGCUCCAGGAUCUUGGGCCACUCCUAAGUUCAGUUCCCACAGAACAAGUGAAAGAAGACCAAGCCUUGGUUGGCGAAACAGCUUAACUUGGACAGUGCACUGCUUUGCCAUAUGCAUGACCCAGGUUCGAGUCCAGCCUCCACUGCAUUGAAAGCUUGAAUGAAGCUUCAGUGCUGUGGCCUUGGCCUCAGUCCCUAUCUAUCUAUCUAUCUAUCUAUCUAUCUCCCCUUCAUGGUCUCCAUCUGAAAAAGAAGGAGGGGGAGGUUAUGACAAAGCCCCAGUCUGAGUUCUGGGUCUCACGGGGCAGGACAGACAGAGCAGAGCCUGUGGGUACUGUUAGUCUCUCCACUCUUCGCUAUCAGCCACUGUCUGCUGAUUUCCCUCACAUGGACUGAAAACAAAAUAAAAAUCAAAUCUCCUGUA